UAGACAUGAUCUGCAUGAUAUUCAAGAGGUCUAAGCUUUAAGUAACUUUCACACUGUUGCUCUUAUUUGCCAAGAGUGGGACCAUCUCAACCUUUUCCCACUCUAUAAGAACCUCCCCUCCUUGAGCUUCCUUUCCCCUUCCAAACAAGAGCUUAGGUAAUUCAUCUUCUCCUCCAAGAUUUAGUCCCUUUUUUCCCUGGUCCAAGACAUGCAGCCGAGUGAGGUUUCAGGACUCCACUAUCUAGUUCCUUCCAAUCCAUCCCCAUAUUCAGCGCAUUUUGGCAUGAAUCAUAGCAACACACCCACAUUUGAGUUGAACAGAUUCUCAAAUCCCCUGUAUAAUUUCUAUAUCCCUCCUCAAUUUCAGGAAAUCAAUCCCCAUUCAUCAUGUCUUAGCAGCAACUCGACUUCGGAUGAAGCAGAUGAGCAACAACUAAGUCUCAUCAACGAGAGGAAGCAAAGGAGGAUGAUAUCUAAUAGAGAGUCUGCACGUAGAUCACGUAUGCGCAAACAAAGGCACCUGGAUGAGCUCUGGUCACAGGUAGUGUGGCUCCGGAAUGAGAACCACCAGCUUAUAGAUAAGCUGAACCAUGUUUCGGAGAGUCAUGACAAGGUUCUUCAAGAAAAUGCUCAGCUCAAAGAGGAAGCCUCUGAACUUCGUCAGAUGCUCUCUGACAUGCAAUUGAGUAGCCCUUACUCAACUUUGAGAGACCUGGAAGAUAUCGCCCUGGAACAUGGUUUAUCUGAAAACUGAGUCCUAAACCUGUUCAUCACAAAUUUUAUCUAAAUGCUAGGCCAAGACAGAGGCAACGGUCCUAUUUAUCCGUUUUCCAUUUUUGGUUCUUCUGAUAGGCGGAAGUCAACCGGUCUGUGCCUAGCUUUAAGAUGUAUGAGAUUAAGGAAAUGAGAAUAACAUGUUUUGGGCAAUUUCAUUUAAAUCCUCGAUUAUAGUCUUUUUGAUC